AAACUCUCAAGAAGCAACCAUGAAGUUUCAGCUCGGCCUAGUCCUCCUGGCGUCUGCCAUCGGCGGCGUCUUCGCCGAGAUCCUCCCGGAGCUUGUGCUCGCGGACAUGCAGGGCCUCGACGCGAAGAAGGGUGAUGUCAGCGCGCAGGCUUGCCCGCCCAACUUCCCGCGCAAGUGCCCCCUCAACAAUCUGUGCUGCCGCACCUCCAAGUGCUGCCCCCUGUCCUGCUGCCAGGAGUCCGCCACUUACUGCUACAACGGACACUGCUACAAAUAAAUAAAUCGCGUUCGGUGGCCCUCGCCCCCUUGAACUGCCCUGGCAUGUCAAGUCCGCGUUUGGCCCAUCUGUCUAGUUGAGUUGAGGACAUGGACAGACGGCAGAACGCCCAGGCAGACACCGGAAACGAACUUGGCUUUGAGGGAACAUGCGGAUGCAGUCGUGUAGGAAUGGUGGGUGAGAUUGUGCAGAGAAGCUGGAGGCGUGCUUGCUCGUGACGUAGCCGUGUUGUGGGUUAAGGUGGCUGGCGGAAUGUGGGAUCUCUUUCUAUUCUGUCGCUCCUUAACAGCCUAAAUCAGUAAAUAUUACCAUAUCUCAAGUUGAAGUUAGGGG